AUGAUCCCGGGAGCGGCAGCUGCGGCCGUGCGCCGCGCCGCGCUGCUCCCUCAACUUGAACACGCUCUCGCCUCGGCGACGAAUCCUGCCCUUGGUUCUCCUUCCUCCCUUAGUCUCGGUUUUGCCUCGACAAUCUCUCCUAUUACCCCCGCUCGAAUCGCCUUGCCUAUCCCCAUUAGCAAGCCGACAGCAAUUCGUCCGUUCUGCUCCCAGACCGGAGCUCGCGAUGCCCCAACUACCCGCUCUGCGAUCUCCGCGACGGGCUCGAUGCCCCUGAGGACGAGCCAAUGGCUCGGCCUGACGACGACUUCGAGCGUCGCGACGACAAUGGCGAGGUGGACAUCCCCCAUGACCAUUCUCCGACAGCUGUCGACCUCGCGGUCCACGCUGCAAGAGAACAAGUCUAAGACAGAAGAAGACACUACGACGGUUACCUCUACCUCUCCCUCAAAUACGACACAGACGCCGGCAUACAACCACACGCAAGGGUUCCAGCUCAGCGAAAAGGCCGCCAAAGCCGCGCACGUCAACAUGCGCGCGCGCCUCUCUAAGGAAGGAAAGGGUCAAGGACGUGAUGGCAAGCCCGGCAUGGCCGAGAUUUGGCGCCUGCUCAAGAUUGCGCGCCCGGAGCUCAAGUGGUUGUCUGCUGCGUUCGUCCUGCUGCUGAUUUCAUCGGCUGUCACUAUGUCGAUCCCCUUCUCGGUUGGCCGGAUUCUGGAUCUGUCGACCAAAGGCGAGAUGGAUGAGGUGCGCCUGCUUGGUCUGACCAUGCGCCAAUUUUUCAUCGGAUUGGGUAUGCUCCUGACGCUGGGUGCCUGCGCUAACUUUGGACGGAUUGUCCUGCUGCGCAUGGUUGGUGAGCGGGUUGUUGCUAGGUUGAGGACUCAAUUGUACCGGAGGACGUAUAUCCAGGACGCCGAGUUCUUCGAUGCCAACCGCGUGGGCGACCUGAUCUCGCGCCUUGGUUCCGACACCAUCAUCGUCGGAAAGAGUGUCACGCAGAACAUUUCGGAUGGUCUCCGCGCGCUGGUCAGUGGUGCAGCCGGCUUCGUCAUGAUGGCCUGGCUCAGCCCCAAGCUGACGUCGCUCAUCUUCGUGAUGGCUCCUCCCAUCGCGCUAGGCGCCUUCUUCUUUGGGCGCGCCAUGCGCAGUCUCAGCCGGCAGCUGCAGAAGAACGUGGGCACGCUGACCAAGAUCGGCGAGGAGAGACUCGGUAACAUCAAGACCAGCCAAGCCUUCGCGGGCGAGAUCCAGGAACUGCGCCGGUACAGCAACCAGGUGCGCAAGAUCUUCGCCCUCGGCCGUCGCGAGGCCAUCAUCUCCGGCACUUUCUUCGCGUCUACCUCCUGGGCAGGCAACAUGACCAUCCUGGCCAUGCUCAUCGUCGGCGGCAACCUCGUUAGAAGCGGCACCAUGACCCUCGGCGACCUGACCUCUUUCAUGAUGUAUACCGCUUUCGCAGGCUCCUCUCUCUUCGGCCUCUCGGGCUUCUACUCCGAGCUCAUGAAGGGCGUUGGCGCAGCCAGCCGGCUCUUCGAACUCCAAGACCGCAAGCCCAUUAUCCCCUCUACCGUCGGCAUCAAGGUCGCCUCCGCCCAAGGGCCCAUCCGCUUUGAAAACGUCCACUUCUCGUACCCGACCCGCCCGGCGGUCUCCAUCUUCAACGGCCUGACCUUCGAAAUUCCCUCCGGCAGCAACGUCUGCAUCGUCGGCCCCUCCGGCGGCGGCAAGUCGACCGUUGCGUCCCUCCUCCUCCGCUUCUACAGCCCUACUUCCGGCCGCAUCACCAUCAACGGUGUGGACAUCUCCACCAUGAACGUCAAGUCUCUGCGUCGACGCAUCGGCGUCGUCGCGCAGGAACCCGUCCUCUUCUCCGGCACCAUCGCAGAGAACAUUGCCUACGGCAAGCCAGAUGCCACGAGGGCUGAGAUCGUCGCUGCGGCGAGGAAGGCAAAUUGCGGGUUUAUCAGCGACUUCCCCGACGGCCUAGAAACCCAAGUUGGCGCGCGCGGCGCGCAGUUGUCUGGUGGUCAAAAGCAGCGGAUCGCGAUCGCCCGCGCGCUGCUCAAGGACCCGGAUAUCCUGAUCUUAGACGAGGCGACGUCGGCACUAGACGCCGAGAGCGAGACGCUGGUCAACAGCGCGUUAGCAGAGCUGUUUAAGGGGAGGAGUACCACGAUCUCGAUUGCGCAUCGGCUGUCAACGAUUAAGAGGAGUGAUCGGAUCAUUGUGUUAAGUAGCGAGGGAACUGUUGCGGAGGUCGGCACGUAUGCCGAGCUGAGUGCGAAUAAGGAGAGCGCGUUUAGCAAGUUGAUGGAGUGGCAGAUGAGUGGCGGAGAGGUGCCGGCUGAGUGUAGGACGCCGUCGGCGGGACCGAGGAUUAUGGAGAGUGAGGAGAUUGAGGAGGAACUGGUUGAGGAGGAAGAGGAGGAGGGAGAGGGGGGGAGGAGGGAGAGGGCUUGA